AGAAGAAGAAGAAGAAGGUGAAGGUGGUCUACCGGAGGGGGCGGGGCCAGCUGGUUAAUUUGUUGUCGAACGGUCUGUUUGUCCUCUGAACUCCACGGAAUUAAGUCAUGUCUUAAACUUGGGUUUCCAGCUCCAGAAGCGAUGACCUCACAGGUUCAACUAAAGCUGCUGCCUAGAGUGAGAUGCUUGUUCGACGAGCCCAUCCAGUUGAAAGUGGCUGGAUUAAAGUCAAGGCAGGUGGUCUCUGUGAGAGCCAACGCCACCGACGACAAGGGUGUGGUGUUCAGCUCCGCCGCCACUUACAAGGCCGAUGGGAACGGGGAAAUCGAUCUGCAAAGAGACCCAUCGAUGAGCGGAAGCUACAUCGGGGCCCAACCCAUGGGUUUGCUGUGGUCCAUGAAGCCAGAGAUUUUGCACUCAAGGAUGCACAAAACCAGGGCGCUUAAUCCCUAUAUGGUGACGUUUUCUGUGCACGAGGAGGAGGGGAAUGACCGGGUGCUGGCGGAGGUGGUCAAUGAGCGGCUGCUGAUGGGAGAUGGGGUCAUUCGGACCCCUAUCAAUAAUGGGAAGAUUUGUGGAGUCCUUUUCACUCCCCCAGGACCAGGUCCGUUCCCGGCUGUGUUGGAUUUGUACACUUCUGGUGGAGGACUGUCGGAGAAAAGGCCGGCUCUGCUGGCCAGCCGUGGGUUUGUGGUUCUGACUGUGGGUCUCUAUGGAUGUGGUGAAAAUCAGAAGACUAAUGAGAUCCAUCUGGACUAUUUUGAAGAAGCAAUAGAGUUUUUAAGAGGACAAGAUAAGGUUUGCAGUAAAGGUGUCGGUGUGAUUUCUCUGUCAAAAAGUGGAGAUCUUGCUCUUUCUGCAGCUUCUUACCUGUCAGGUGUUGAAGCCACAGUUUGGAUCAACGGCUGCAGUGCGAACACACUUUUACCUCUGCACUAUAAGAAAAACAUCAUCCUCCCCCCACUAAUGUAUGACACCAGUAAGAUCAUAACCACCGAGUUGGGGGCUGCACUUAUUAAGUACACCAUGUUCGACCCCCGGGCUGAGGAGAACAAGUCGUGUGUUGUCCCCAUUGAGCAAGCCAAGGGAUGCUUCCUCUUCGUGGCUGCAGAGGAUGACCUCAACUGGGACAGCAAGGCCUUUGUGGAGCAGAUGGUGGAGAGGCUGAAGCAUUAUGGGAAGAAGAACUUUGAGGUACUGAGUUACCCUGGAGCUGGGCACUACCUCGAGCCGCCAUAUGGACCGCACUGCACCUCCAGCAGACAUGUGCUGGUGGGGAAACCAGUAGUGUGGGGAGGUGUGUCCAGCAGCCACGCUGCAGCUGAGGUCCACUUAUGGAAGAAGAUCCAAGAGUUCUUCAGAAGUCACCUGACCGGUGACGGGGCUCAGGGUAAAGCCAUGUUAUAGAUGUAGACAGGAUGGCUGAGUGUAGCGUUGGUGCUUUCAGCAUGAUGAACUCUGCUUUGAUAGUUUGUGUGCUCACUUAAAUCUAGUCUUUACUUCAUCUGAACUGCUGCCAACACGGUCCGGCAGAAGGCGACGUUUGGCUCUGCUGCCUUGGCCAAAUAUUGUGCAAUUUCUGAAACAAUGUGAAUGACAACCAGAGCAAAGGUUCUCCAAACAGCAGGUGCCAAAAAUCUAUGUUCCUGUUUGUGAGGUUUCUGCCACACAGAGGGACGGAGUCACUUUGAUGAACAAGUGGAAGAACAGUGGAGAAAGUUCAGAACUUUCUUUUUGGUCAGUUUAUGCCAUUUAUCUGAUUUACCUGAAUAUGAGCAAGUGGGUUUUUGUUUUUUCCUGGAAAUACACCUGAAGAACACGGAGUCAGAGACCUAACCUCCAGUGCUGAAAAUGAAGCCAACACAGAACUGGAAAAUCUUGCAUUUCCUUGAAUGGCCACUUGAGGCUGGCUCCAAAAGUGAGCAGAUUCCCAUAGAAGUCUAUGUUAAAAUGCCCAACUUUCGAGUCGAAAUACAGUUUUGGUCUCAUUUGUGAGUUCUCCCUUCAUUACUGUUGUACGAGGGGAUUAUACUGUUUUUAUAACUCUUUUAAUAACACAGAGAUUAAUUCAUUGGGGUGUGGUUACUUUGAAUGAUGGGGAGUGUGUGCUCCGCUACCAGAUACUGUAUAACUGUAUCGGUCCUUAAAAAUAUCUGUCAUAAUAUGGGUUGCUGUGUGGUUAAGUCCAAGAUGUCUGUGCGCCAGUAUUUGCAUCGAGUGAAAUUUUUAUCUUUGCAUCAGCACUUUUAGCAGCUGUUGGUAGUUUGAGGACAUGAGGUCCAGUUAAUCCACGAUUUCUGAGGAAAUAAGUUGGCCAUAUUUUUUAGUAACCACAGCCAAGCCAACCAUCAUGAAGACCACCUCCCAGUGUGCGUUAAAACACUCGAACAAAGGCUAAGGUCACUUAAGUUCAGCUGAUUCUCUAACGCUGAGAUGGGAGUUUCCUUGUCUCAGUCUCACUCAGGCUCCACCUCUUUACCCGUGUAAGAGUUGGGUGGGACAAAGGCGGAGUAAACGCUGUCAGGACAGCCAAACCCAGAUCAGCACUUUUCAACCUUCAAAAACAGGUCUUCAAUAAACCUAUGGGUGAUGUCACAGAGGCUUUGUCCAGACUAUCGACAGUCUGUAGUUAAAAACUCCAACUUUACAGCUGAAGUAAAGCCUCGUACAUAAAAAAAAACAAAAAAAAAAAACAUUAUUGGUCUCUGUGGAAUGUUUCUCUACGGGGCUAAUUGUUUUUUCAUAUAAAACUCACUGAUUUAAGCCAUUUUAAGCUGCAAAGUUAUGAAUAAUUGGAGGUGUGGUUGCGUUGACUGACAGCCAGGUGCCACUGUUUGUCUUUUCUGAGCAUUUUGUUGUAAAUAUCUGAGAUAAUACGGCGAACUGUGUGGUACGAACGGACCAGCAGUGACAUCGCUGUUCUGUUAACUCCACUGAGUGAAAUUUUAGUAUUUAAUUUAUGUCUUAUAUGUUAGCACAAGGCUAGCACUAAUUAGCAGGUAGCUUGCUGACUUUAGAUCCGCUGAUGGUUACUAAAGCACAGGUUUGAAUCCCCAUGCACAACCAGUGCGCGGUCCACAAAUCAGGCGUUAGUCAAACAGCCAAACCAAAGUGAACCUCAUGGUGGGGGGUUGGACUUCAUCUGCCCGCCCGGGUCACAGUGGUCUUGCCCCAUGCUCCACCUGUUUGCCAUUUAAGGCUCAGCUGGAAGUUCAAGCCACAGCCUUUAGAGAGUUAAGUUUAAUGUCCUAGAGGGACGACUUACUUUGCAGGCAGGACAAAUAAAAACACAACAAUAAAUAAUAGAUGAAGCAGCCGAACACACCGUGGGUCAUCAAAACAACCAGUUCAGGUUCAUUUGAAAACUCGGCGGCUUCACACGGCUGCUGAAAAUCAUGAAAUGUACAUUAACUUUUUUUGGCACAACUUAAGUUUGUCCAAUUUCUUACUGUUUUAAAACAUAAACCAGAGAAAAAACAGAAUAGAAUCUUUAUUGUCAUUGUACAUACAUACAACAAAAUCUCUCCUCUGCAUUUAACCGUCCUACUUACAGUUAAACACAAUCCACCCACUAGGGGCAGUGUGCAGC